GUGGUAGCGAACGCCGUGGCUGCCUUGUCAGAAAUCAGUGAGUCGCAUCCCAACAGCAACCUGCUGGAUUUGAACCCUCAGAACAUUAACAAGCUGCUGACAGCUUUAAAUGAGUGCACGGAGUGGGGCCAGAUCUUCAUCCUGGACUGUCUGUCCAACUACAACCCCAAGGACGAUCGCGAAGCUCAGAGUAUUUGUGAACGGGUGACCCCUCGGCUGUCUCACGCCAACUCGGCAGUGGUGCUGUCAGCGGUGAAAGUCUUGAUGAAGUUCCUGGAACUUCUUCCCAAGGACUCUGACUAUUACAACAUGCUGCUGAAGAAACUUGCCCCUCCGCUGGUGACCCUGCUGUCUGGAGAGCCUGAAGUUCAGUAUGUUGCCCUGAGGAACAUCAACUUGAUUGUGCAGAAAAGGCCUGAAAUCCUGAAGCAGGAAAUCAAGGUGUUCUUUGUGAAGUACAAUGACCCCAUCUAUGUCAAACUGGAGAAACUGGACAUCAUGAUACGCCUAGCUUCUCAAGCAAACAUUGCCCAGGUCCUGGCAGAGCUCAAGGAAUACGCUACUGAGGUGGACGUUGACUUCGUGCGCAAGGCUGUCCGAGCAAUUGGGCGCUGUGCCAUCAAGGUGGAGCAAUCUGCGGAGCGCUGCGUGAGCACACUGCUAGACCUCAUCCAGACCAAGGUCAACUAUGUGGUCCAGGAGGCCAUCGUUGUCAUCAGGGACAUCUUCCGCAAGUACCCCAACAAGUACGAAAGCAUCAUUGCCACCCUGUGCGAGAACCUAGAUUCCCUGGAUGAACCAGAUGCCAGAGCUGCCAUGAUCUGGAUAGUGGGCGAAUAUGCAGAGAGAAUUGACAAUGCAGAUGAGCUGUUGGAAAGUUUUCUGGAGGGCUUCCAUGAUGAAAGUACUCAGGUGCAACUCACCCUACUGACUGCUAUAGUGAAGCUGUUCUUAAAAAAGCCUUCUGAGACGCAGGAGCUGGUUCAGGAGGGCCUCAGCCUGGCGUCGCAGGAUUCUGACAACCCAGACCUGCGGGAUCGUGGCUACAUCUACUGGCGCCUUCUUUCCACGGAUCCAGUGACUGCCAAAGAAGUGGUCCUCUCCGAAAAGCCGCUGAUUUCUGAAGAGACUGACCUGAUUGAACCGACUUUGCUAGAUGAGUUGAUCUGCCAUAUUGGCUCUCUGGCUUCUGUCUACCACAAACCACCCAACGCUUUUGUGGAGGGGAGCCACGGGAUCCAUCGCAAACACUUGCCAAUUCACCAUGGAAG